AUGGCUAAAAAUAAGAAUCAAAACGUCGUUUUAGUCUCUGUGGAGGGGGAGAGAUUCACUGUCGAGAGGAAAAUAGCAGAACGGUCUCUGCUACUCAAGAAUUAUCUUAACGAUAUGCACGGAAGCGAACUACAAGGCGUGAAUAGCGACUCAGAAGAAGAAGAUGACGAUGAUGAAGAUGAGGAGAUAGUAAUGCCAGUACCUAAUGUACGCUCCUCAGUUUUACAGAAAGUUAUCGAAUGGGCCGAGCACCAUAAAGAUUCAAAUUUCCCUGAUGAAGAUGAUGACGAUUCUAGAAAAUCUGCUCCUGUUGAUUCUUGGGACCGUGAGUUUCUGAAAGUUGACCAAGAGAUGCUUUAUGAAAUCAUGUUGGCGGCCAAUUAUUUGAACAUCAAACCACUUUUGGAUGCUGGCUGCAAAGUUGUGGCAGAGAUGAUUCGUGGAAGAACCCCUGAAGAGAUCAGAAGAACCUUCAACAUUGUCAAUGACUUCACACCGGAAGAAGAGGCCGCAAUUAGACGUGAAAAUGAAUGGGCUGAGGAUCGCUAA